CACAAAAAAGAUUAAAACCACCCCAACAAAAAACCGAAAAAAAAAAUUCCCCUAAGUAGAUCCCAUCUCUCAAAACCCUAGAAAUCCUCCAUCAACAUCAAUGGAUACAAGCCAAGAUGAAGUUCCAGCCCUAACCCCAUCGUUCCCAACCGGUAGAAUAAAGAAAAUCAUAAAAAUCGAUCAAGAAAUCAACAAGAUCAACUCCGAAGCCCUCCACCUGAUCUCCAUCUCCGCCGACCUCUUCCUCGCCUCCCUCACCGAGGGCGCGAGGGACGCCGCCGUCGGGAAGAAGAGGCGGAUCAUAAAGAUCGAUCAUUUACGAUCUGCGGUUCGAUCGCACGCGCCGACCUCGGACUUCCUUCUCGAUUGUCUCCCGGCCGCUGCGGAGACGGCGCCGGCGAAGGAGAAGAGGGCCAAGCUGGAUCGGGUUGAGAAGCCGCUGCCGCCUGGGGCUCGAAGGAUCGAUGGGUUCUUCCGGAAGAAUGCGGAUCCAGUGGAGGGUUCUUGAUCUUGAUGAGGAUGGUAUCUUGUUUAUGUCAGGUAUCUUGUUUUCUUGUCAACUAGGGGCGUCUGCGAUGCUUCUGGAAAAAAAAAGAUAAUAACGUAGAAGAGUACUUUUUCAAUCGAAAUGGGUCAAUUUCGUGGUUGAUGAUUAUGAUUUGUAAAAUAUGGAUCGAGUGUAAUUCAUAGGAGAAUAGCGUUUCUUUCUUCUCUU